GAGGAAGUAAAGAAAGAGAGAUAAAUCUUCCAAAUGGAGUGCAUCUCAUCUCUACUCGUGGGCUUAGCUCAGGUGUUGUGUGAAUCUAUGAAUAUGGCAGAGAGAAGAAGAAGACAUAAGACUGAUCUUAAGCAAGCCAUCAGUGAUCUCGAAACAGCCACAGGUGAACUGAAAGCCAUACGUGACGACCUGAAUUUACGCAUCCAACGAGACAAUCUAGAGGGUCGGAGCUGCACAAACCGUGCCAGAGAGUGGCUCAGUGCUGUGCAAGCAGCAGAGGCAAGAACAGAAUCGAUACUAGCGAGUUUUAUGCGUCGGGAACAGAGGAAAAGAAUGCGGAGAAGAUGUCUCAGUUGCUUAGGUUGUGCCGACCACAAACUGAGCAAGAAGGUUUUGGGGACACUUAAGAGCAUCGGUGAGUUGAGACAACGCUCUGAAGAUAUAAAAACAGAUGGUGGGUUGAAUCAUGAGACUUGUACGGAGAUACCGACGAAGUCCAUGGUUGGGACUACCACGAUGAUGGAACAGGUGUGGGGGUUCCUCAGUGAAGAGGAAAGAGGAAUCAUCGGGGUUUAUGGACCUGGUGGGGUUGGGAAGACAACGUUAAUGCAGAGCAUUAACAACGAGCUGAUCACGAAAGGUCAUCAUUACGACGUACUGAUAUGGGUUACAAUGUCCCGUGAAUUCGGUGAGUGUACAAUUCAGAAAGCUGUUGGAGCGCGGUUGGGUUUAUCUUGGGAUGAGAAGGAGACAGGAGAACACAGAGCUUUGAAGAUAUACAGAGCUUUGAAACAGAGACGGUUCUUGUUGUUGCUUGAUGAUGUUUGGGAAGAGAUUGACUUGGACAAGACUGGAGUUCCACGACCUGACAGGGAAAACAAAUGCAAAGUGAUGUUCACCACACGGUGUCUGGCAUUAUGCAGCAAGAUGGGUGCGGAAUGCAAGCUGAGAGUGGAGUUUCUAGAGAAGCAAUACGCGUGGGAGCUCUUCUGUGAUAAAGUUGGGAAAAGAGAUCUUCUGGAGUCACCCUUGAUUCGCCGGCACGCUGAGACGAUUGUCAGUAAAUGCGGUGGAUUGCCACUAGCGUUGAUCACUUUAGGAGGAGCCAUGGCUCACAGAGAGACUGAAGAAGAGUGGAUUCAUGCCAGUGAAGUUCUGAACAGAUUCCCAGCAGAGAUGAAAGGUAUGGAAUAUGUAUUUGCCCUUUUGAAAUUCAGCUACGACAAUCUCGAGAGUGACCUGCUUCGAACUUGUUUCUUGUACUGCGCUUUAUUCCCUGGAGAACAUUCUAUUGAGAUCGAACAACUUGUUGAGUACUGGCUUGGAGAAGGCUUUCUCAUUAGCUCCCAUGGCGUUAACACUAUAUAUAAAGGAUAUUUUCUGAUUGGAGAUCUGAAAGCGGCAUGUUUGUUGGAAACUGGGGAUGAGAAAACGCAGGUGAAGAUGCAUAAUGUUGUCAGAAGCUUUGCGUUAUGGAUGGCAUCUGAACAGGGAACUUAUAAGGAGCUGAUCCUAGUAGAGCCAAGAAUGGGACUCACUGAUGCCCCUAAAACAGAGAGAUGGCGACAUGCGUUGGUGGUUUCGUUGUUGGAUAACAGACUCCAGAACUUGCCUGAAAAACCCAUAUGCCUGAAUCUGACAACACUGAUGCUCCAACAGAACAGCUCUUUGAAGAAGAUUCCGACAAACUUUUUCAUGCAUAUGCCUGUUCUUAGGGUCCUUGACUUGUCCUUUACAAGUAUCACUGAGAUUCCACUGUCUAUUAAGUAUUUGGUGGAGUUGUAUCAUCUGGCUCUAUCAGGAACAAAGAUAAGUCUGUUACCCCAGGAGCUUGGGAAUCUUAGAAAGCUGAAGCAUCUAGACCUACAAAGAACUCAGUUUCUCCAGACCAUCCCACGAGAUGCCAUAUGUUGGCUAAGCAAGCUCGAGGUUCUGAACCUAUACUACAGUUACGCUGGUUGGGAACUGCAGAGCCUUGGAGAAGAUGACGUAGAAGAACUUGGAUUUGCCGACCUGGAACUCUUAGAAAACCUCACCACAUUGGGUAUCACUGUUCUCUCACUGGAGAGCCUGAGAACACUCUACGAGUUUGGCGCCUUGCAUAAAUGUAUACAGCAUCUGCACGUCGAAGAGUGCAAUGGUCUCCUCUCCUUCGAUCUCUCAUCACUCUCUAACCACGGUAGAAACUUGAGAAGACUUGGCAUUAAAAGUUGCCAUGACUUGGAGUACGUGGUCACACCAACAGAUGUUGAUUGGCUUCCAAGUCUAGAGGUUCUGACGUUACACAGCCUUCAGAAACUAAGCAGAGUCUGGGGAAAUUCUGUAAGCCAAGAGUGUCUGCGGAAUCUCCGUUGCAUUAACAUUUCACACUGUCACAAGCUGAAGAACGUCUCCUGGGUUCCGCAACUCCCAAAGCUAGAGACAAUUGACCUGUUCGACUGCAGAGAGCUAGAGGAACUGAUUACUGACCAUGAGAGUCCAUCCAUUGAAGAUCUAGAAAUGUACCCAGGCCUGAAGACUUUGUCAAUUAGGGAUCUCCCAGAACUAAGCAGCAUCCUUCCAUCUCGAUUUUCUUUCCAGAAACUAGAAACUUUAGUCAUCAUAAAUUGCCCCAGAGUGAAGAAACUACCAUUUCAGGAAAGGGUCCAGACAAACUUGCCAGUAGUUUACUGUGAUGAGAAAUGGUGGGAGGAACUGGAACAAGAUCAACCAAGCAAAGAGCUUUGUUGUUCACCACGUUUUGUUCCAAACUGAUAUGAGACCUAGGAGCACUCUAUACAUUCAACAUCUGCCAGUAAUGUACAUGAAAACAAAUGAAUGUUAAUUAUUUUGCAAGAGAAAUAUUAAGAGCUCGAGUACCC